ACUUCACCAUGACGUCUAAGAUGGUGAUCAGGCAGCCUCAGCCUGUGAUGGAAGCCCGAGAUUCUGAGGAAUGGGCGUCUGGGACGUGUGACUGUUUUGAUGACGUGCCACAAUGCUGCUUGGCCUUCUGGUGCUGCCCCUGCUUCGCCUGCAAAACCUCCAAAGAAUACGGCGAGGAUCUGUGUCUCCCCCUGCUGGAGAUCUUCGGGUGCUGCAUCCCCCCCAUCACCAUGUCCAUGAGGGCCUCCAUGCGGCAGCGCUAUGGCAUCAAGGGCACCAUGUGCAUGGACUGUGCGUGCGCCACCUUCUGUACAUCCUGCACCUGGUGUCAGAUGUCCAGGGAGAUAAAGAGCAGGAAAAUCCAAAUUGUCCUACUCAAUGCCAAAAACACAUGACCUGUCCACCACCUGGGCUGCCACGUGUUUCAAGGAAAAAACACGAAGAACAG